AGCAAUCGCGGGAUCCCUGGCGCCGAUCGCGCCCGCCGGGCACGCACACGGGAGUCAGGAACGAGCGGGGGGCACACACGCGCCCCUAGUGGCCGCUUUGAGAGCUGACGUAGAGCUACGGGCUCUCGCGCAGGGGAGCCGACCUGCCGCCGUAUAACUGCGGCGGCUGGUCGGCAAGUAGUUAAUGGGCACAGCUUCUUUGCUGCUUCAACCCUAUUUCAUAUGUGGUAGCUUCACUAACUACAGUUGAUAUUCUCUAUGGAUAUUGGGAGAUCUUUGGGGACACACACUCACAUCCCAGCAAUGCCUGCUCCCCCGGGUUGGGUCUGGGUUUUUCUUGCCUCCUCAGCUCCCGAGCUGGGUGCUUAUUGCUCUGGGUAUUCAGCAUCUGGUAGUCUGACCUAGCCGUUGAUGUAAUGAACACGCAUCUACCCCUGAUGAAGAGAGCCUGGUCUUGCGAAAUGUGUUGGGUCACUUUCUAUGCGUGUGCAUAUUGCUUUGUACAUCUAUACUGCUAUAUGUGUAAUGAUUCUGUUUUACACUGUAUGUAUCAGCUGACCGGCUUCAAUGUAUGUAUGUAUGUAUGACAACUUUUAUUAAACUUUAAUAAUGUAUUUACUUGUGUCAUGUGACUGGCUAAUCACAUUCACCUCAAUUAAAGUCCCGGGGCAACUUUUUGUGUUUUGUUGUAUAUAUUGAGAUGCUUUUCGGGUAACGCCAGACCAUUCUUCCCUUUUCUAAUGGGCAUUGAUGGGUAGCACUAAUAGCAGCACGGAGUGCGGCAGAUGUUUCACUCAAAGAGCAGGCCUUCAUACGCACCAGAAAACUCACACGGGGGAGCGCCCUUAUUCGUGUUCUGAGUGCGGGAAAUGUUUCACUAUGAAAGCAAACUUUGUUAGACACCAGAAAACUCACACAGAUGAGCGUCCUCAUUCGUGUUCAGAGUGUGGAAAAAGUUUACAUUGCGAAAAUAGACCUUCUUAUACACCAGAGAAGUCACACGGGUGUGCGUCCUUAUUCGUGUUCAGAGUGCGGGAAAUGUUUCACUGUGAAAGGACAGCUUCUUGCGCACCAGAGAAGUCACAUGGGUGAGCAUCCUUAUUCAUGUUUGGUGUGCGGGAAGUGUUUCAAUAUGAAAGGAGAACUUAAUAAACACCAGAAAAUUCACACGGGAGAGCGUCCUUAUUCAUGCAUAGAGUGCAGGAAAUGUUUCGCUCAUAAAACAAACUUACUAUCACACCAGAGACUUCACACCGGAGAGCGUCCCUAUUCAUGCUCAGAUUGCAGGAAAUGUUUCACUCAUAAAGUGAGCCUACUUGCACACCAGAGACUUCACACAGGAGAGCGUCCAUAUUCAUGCUCACAGUGCGGGAAAUGUUUCACUCAAAAAACAAGCCUUCGUACGCACCAGAGAGUGCACACAGGUGAACGUCCUUAUUCAUGUUUAGAGUGCGGGAAAGGUUAUACUAAGAAAGAAGACCUUCAUAUACACCAGAGACUUCACACAGGUGAGCUUCUUUAUUCGUGUUCAGAGUGUGGGAAAGGUUUUAUUAAGAAAGGAGACCUUCAUAUACACCAGAGACUUCACUCAAGUGAGCUUCCUUAUUCAUGUUCAGAGUGCGGGAAAAGUUUCACUCAAAAAUCAAACCUUCAGAAAUAUCACAUGACCACCUCCAAUGAGGAUGAAUGA